AAUUCCACACUUAAAUGGUGAGAGUAUGACUUUUCUCGAGUUUGUUAAUUUUCGUUUCUUUUUUAAAUUGCUCUUUUUGGUUCAUGAGACAGGUGUUUAUGGCGAUGGGUCUCCUUCAGUACGGCUGCUCUGUUCCCCUCGCAUGGGCUUUUCGCUCUCGCACUUUUACGAACGUUACAGUAAACUCACUCAAGAAGGCUUCUCAAAUGGAGUCGCGUCUCCUCCUUGGCUUGUCUGAGGAACAACUUCAGCAACUUGCCCUCGACUUUGGUCAGAAAAGUUUUAGAGGUAAACAACUGUAUCAUUUCCUCUACAAGAGGAAGGUCAAGGAAAUUGAGGAAUUUAGUCAGCUGCCGUUGGCAUUCAGGAACGAUUUACAGGAAGCAGGAUGGAGGGUUGGGAGGUCCCCAAUUCAUAAAGCAGUCACUGCAGCUGAUGGGACCAUCAAGUUGUUAAUAAAACUCGAGGACAACCGAUUGGUCGAGACUGUUGGAAUUCCAGUUGAAGACAAUGAUGGUUCAUUUCGCUUGACAGCAUGUGUUUCAUCUCAGGUGGGCUGUCCGUUGCGUUGUUCCUUCUGCGCGACUGGCAAGGGAGGAUUCUCAAGAAACCUUAAGAGCCAUGAAAUUGUUGAGCAGGUCUUGGCAAUAGAAGAGCUAUUCAAGCAAAGAGUGACAAACGUUGUGUUUAUGGGUAUGGGUGAGCCAAUGUUGAACAUGAAAGAAGUUCUUGAAGCACAUCGUUGCCUGAAUAAGGAUAUUUUGAUUGGGCAAAGGAUGAUUACGAUUUCAACUGUUGGAGUUCCAAACACCAUAAAGAAGCUUGCAUCAUACAAACUUCAGUCUACACUGGCUCUCAGCUUACAUGCUCCAAAUCAGAAUCUUCGGGAAAAGAUUGUACCAAGUGCAAAGUCCUACCCUUUGAAUGCAAUAAUGAAGGAUUGCAGGGACUACUUCCUGGAAACUAGAAGAAGGGUUUCCUUUGAAUAUACACUUCUAGCUGGAGUGAAUGAUUCCGUCAGGCAUGCAUUUGAACUGGCAGAAUUGCUUCAUGAAUGGGGUCGUGGUCAUCAUGUUAACUUAAUACCAUUCAAUCCAAUAGACGGCGUGGAGUAUAAGCGUCCAUCUAAAAAAUCUAUUCUUGCAUUUGUCUCGGCUCUUGAAUCUCGUAAAGUAACUGCUAGUAUACGUCAAACAAGGGGACUUGAUGCAAGUGCUGCUUGUGGACAGUUGAGAAAUGAGUUUCAGAAGAGUCCUUUGCUUACUGAAAGUAUAAAUCAGGAAUCUCAUUCUGUUGUUGCACUUGCAUCUUGAUAUUCUAAAAGAUCUGCAGGCCUUGCUGAAAUUACUUCACUUGUGUGCUUGACUGUGUAAGCAGUGCCUGAGAGCUUCUAAAGAACAGGUCGUGUUUGGUAAAGUGGUUACCUGAAGGUGGUAUCAUGUUUGCAGGCUUUGUGACCUUGGUAAAAUUUGUUUUUCUAGGAGGAUGAUUGAUCAAUUUGUUGAGCAUGUUCUUAUGGACGUUAUCCCGUUUCGUAGUGCUCCUCUGUGCUUCAGCAAUUCAAAUACGUAAAACGAGAUCGGAAAGGUAACUUUGGAUAUGGUACUAAAAUUGUCGUAGUAGUACUUAGUAGUUAGGGAGAACUUUUUCAUGUUCGUGUAUAACUUAUUAAUGCAGUCAGGUAUCAAAACUUGUGCUUGUAUAACUUAUAAUGCAGUCAGGUAUCAAAACUUGUGCUCGUAAAACUUAUAAUGCAAUCGGGUAUCAAAAUUUAUGUCAGGGAGAACUUUUGUUUCU